AUGCGUGCCGCGCGCCAACGCGCGCACGCGCGCUACGACGACGACACGGCCUCUUCGUUCAGGGACCCCGAGCGCGGCGUGCGCGAGAGAAACGAUGGGAAGUACGAUAAGAUCAGCUCGGGCAAGACGGUUGAGUCGAUUCGACAAAAAACGCUCGCGAGCGUCCGUCGCGUCUUCGAUGGCGCUCGCGCGCGGCCGAAAACGACGGCGAUUGUGCUCAUGAUUAUACUGCUCAUGUACGCCGGGCGUUCGAGCGAGGAACCGGUGGGUGCGGCGGUCGGGGCGAGCGCGGCGGCUGCGCGGCGGCCGAGCGCGCGAGCGAGCGGGCCCAAGCUCGUCCCGCGGGUGAUUCAUCAGACGUUUAAAUCUCGCGCUUCGUUGACGGUGGCGAAUAAGGCGGCGAUGGAGACGUGGCGAGUGAUGAAUCCGCUGUGGGAGGUGCGGUUUUACGACGACGACGAUUGCGAGCGGUUCGUCGGCGACCACUUCCCGGAGUACGCCGAGGCGUACGCGUCGCUGGAGAAAAAGGUGGAGCAGAGCGAUUUCUUUCGGUAUCUCGUCGUCUUGAAGCAUGGUGGGGUCUAUGCGGACAUAGACACAGAGUGUCGACGAUCGUUGGACGACGUGGUGGACGCGAAGGACACUUUGGUGGUGGGAUGGGAGGACGAGUUUGCCACAGACGCCAGGGCGUACUCUCGGCAUUUCGUUCGACGCCGACAGAUGUUGAACUGGGUCUUCGCGGGGGCACCUGGUCACCCAGCUCUGAUCGCGGUGGCGGAGCACAUUAAAAAUGGGGCGACAAAGGUGUUCACCAAGGCUUCGAAUCGCAACACGCUCGAGCGCACGGGACCGGGCGCGUUCACGGAUGCCGUGAUGAAACACUUUGAAUACGUUCGCGUCUCUGGUGAAAAAUCCUGGAACGUCAAAGUGUUACCAAAGGUUAUAUUUGGCACGCACCCUCUCGGCGAGGAAGGCGUGAGCCAAAGUCACCCGGACGUCUUCGUGGCGCACAAGUACUCAGGAGGAUGGAAGCAAAAGACGGGGUGGAACGGGAGGCGUUCUUGGACGGAUCACGUGGCGAUUCUGUACCACUCGAUCAGAAACGACUUGCCGAGGUACAGAGAGCGCGCCGCUUUGCGCGAUGAGAACUUUCAAAUGCCCGCGGUGGAUAAAGACCGCAUGUAUCCGGUGAACGUGAUGUGGUCGCCGUCUUUCGAUCUGCUGAACCCGUUGCUCGGCACCGCGGUGCCCGGGAUCGACGCCGAAGUGCGCGGAUCGGAGGGAUAUUGGCUCACACUGUACGGGCGCCCGAGAGUGGUGAUGCAAAAGCCAUUACGGGCCGGUGAAAAUCCGGCAGAGAUAUUAUUUUACAGUCUGGAGCGAACGCCAGGCGAGAGCGCCGUUUUCGUCGACAUCGGAGCUGGCUUUGGGUACUACUCGCUCGCCGCGGCGUUGAUGGGUGACGUCGUGCACGCGUACGAGUGGGGUAAAAAGUUCCUUCCCCACUUCAAAGCGGCGAUUGAACAUAAUAAUCUCGUGGAUAAGAUUAAAAUAGGCACCCAGCACGAGACACUCUCGAGCGGUGAUGAGUUCAAGCGCUUGCUCGGGCUGCACGACAAAAUUGACGCCAUGCGCAUCGCAGGUCGAGGAUUCGACUGCGAAAUAUUCGAAGGCUUCAAAACACUCUUGGAGGCUGGAAAACAUCCGCGAGUUUUGAUGUUUGAGUCGCGUACAGCACUCGUCAGGGCGCUCUCGGCUGAGAUGGACGAAGACGUGGCCAUCAUGUUCGAGUACCUGUGGAAUCAGGGAUACACCGACGUCGGUCACGUGGGACCCGCGUGCGAUGGACGCGGUGUGCGCAAGGUUAAAUCGCAAUCGCGCGGACAGAAGAGCAAGUUUGAAGGCACGUCGUGGUGCAGAGCGGACGAGUCAUCGUUCAAGGGCAUCGUCAACGCCAUGCACGAGUACGAGGCAGAAGUCGUCAUGAUGUUCCACACGUCCGCGUGA